AUGCCCGAUGAAUUGCCAACAGUAUCCGGGACAAUGCGUGAGCUGACCGAGGAUGAAAUUCAGAACCUCUACGCCUGGAUCGACGAGAUCCCGCUCUCGCGGCCCAAAAAGAACAUCACCCGGGAUUUCAGCGACGGAGCAAACUCGGUCUCACAGAAGCUCUACAAUUGGAAUACGCUGAAUCAGAAGGUUUUCCGAAAGCUCGGAUACUGUGCGUCCGACGAAGUCAUCAACUGCAUUGUCUCGAAUAAGCCGGGCUAUGUCGAGUAUCUCCUCUGGGAGCUGCGGCAGAAGGUGGGGCAUAUGCCGAAUGAGCGCACAUUGUCCAAGCCGAUACCGGCCCUGCCUCAGGCUCUGCAGGGCUCCGGAUCAUCGCCAAUGGUGGAUCAGUAUGGGAAUCCGGUUCAGCCUCGCAAGCGGGACUCUGUCGUCGCUCGGCGACCUGGAGACUCAAACGAAGGGACUGGUGCUGCCCUGGCAUCGCCAUCGCCGGUUGCGGCUGCUGAUGGCGGAUCGAAACUCGGCCCCUCAGUCAGCGGCCUUGCAGGGUCAGCCGCUGUCAGCGGUAUGGGCUCGCACGACUUUGCGACCACCGACGACGACACUGUCCUUGGUGGUGGCAAAGCAGUCCCGGCGGAUUGCAUACACACUUGCUGUCUCCUACUGACUGCCAACUCCGAAUCGUCCAGUGGCGCCGGAGGGCCAUCACUCGGUGGCAUGAACAAGGACCAGAUCAUCAUCGAGUUACAAGAAACCAUCCAGGUCCUCCAGUUGAAGGUCACCAAGCUCGAGCAGCUGCUUGUGUUGAAGGAGCGGCGAAUCGAGGAAUACGCCAGCCGAUUACGAGCCCAUGGCCUGAUCCACAACUCCCCGUAG